AUGUCUGCGCGCGCGCCGGUGCGGCCAAAGGGCACGGCGUUGAGGCUCAUUACUGUUGCUGCAGCAGCGGUUGCCUGUGCAACGCAAACGGCGGCGGCGGCAAGUGCUGCAAGGGAGGUGAGUGAGGAAGAGCCCAUGGACAAAAUGCAGUGGGCCUAUUUGAUCCUCGCAGAUUCUGUCCUCCUUCUCUUUGCCGCCCUUUUUGCGGGUUUAACGCUCGCCAUCAUGGGCCUCGAUACACUUUCUCUCGAGAUUAUUGCGGAUAGUGGUUCGGAGCCGGACAGGACCUAUGCUGGCAGGAUUUUGCCCAUACGCCGACUUGGUAAUCAGCUGCUCUGCACGCUGAUUCUAGGCAACGUUAUGGUGAACACGCUGAUUGCGCAGAUCACAGAUUCGCACAUUCAUGGAUGGGUGGCGACCAUUGUCUCGACGGCGCUGACAACGGUUGGCGGGGAAGUCAUUCCACAGGCUCUGAUGUCUGCCCACGCCCUGCAAGUUGGGGCUAAAAGUAUUUAUAUUGUAAAGUUUUUUGUCUUACUCUUCUACCCUAUAUGCAAGCCCCUUAGUGUGGUGCUUGACCAUUUCAUUGGCACCGACCCUGGACAAAUUUACGAGCGCAAUGAACUCAAAAAGCUAAUGUUCAUGCACGCCGCUCACGGGUCAGAGUCGGGUUUGGGGGAGAGAGAGGUGGACCUCAUGGUGGGUGCAAUGGAACUCCAUGAGAAGACGGUGAUGGACGUGCUGACGCCCAUUUCUGAGGUUCUCAUGCUUGAGGCUAGUGAACCAGUGAGUGAGGAGGUGAUUCAACUCAUCUCUGAACGCGGUCAUAGUCGUAUUCCCGUGUAUCAGCGGAGCAAAAAUAAUAUUAUCGGCGUCCUCUUUGCGAAGGAUCUUUUAAUGAUUGACCCGCGCGAGAAUACACCUGUGAUGCUACUGGUGAAAUUUUAUAAUCGGCGUUGUCACAUUGUCCCUUCAGAGACGAAGCUCAUCUCCAUGCUGAAGUACUUCCAAACAGGCAGGUCCCAUAUCGCCUUGGUACAGGAAGUACAACAGCGGCCGUAUGGAGAUCCAUACUAUGAGGUGAAGGGGCUUGUCACAAUGGAGGAUGUAAUCGAGGAACUUAUUCAUAGUGAAAUAUUUGAUGAGUACGACGUGGAUCCACAACCCGCCCACCCUGGACCUCAAAUUCCCACCAAACGACAGGUGGGAUUAACCCCAAAGUGCUCACGUCGGGUAAAUGCAAGCGCAAAUCAGUUGAAGGCGUCGGCGUUGUUUCUGUACGAGUCCAUUCCGCUUCUUCAGCGUCAUACGCGGGAUGCAGUUCCGUUGUUGAUUCAGGCCAUCAGUACGCACGGAACCUUUUAUAAGGUUCGUCCCCCGGUAGAUGCACGUGGACUUGAGCAAGAGGACAAGGCAAAUAUUUGGCUGUAUCGCAUUGGGGUGCCCUCCGACACUUUUACGCUGCUCAUCACUGGCAAGCUGGAGGUGUUUGCCGGGAAGGAGGAGAUCAAGCUGGAGCUCCCAAGCUGGUCCCUUGUCGCCGCGGAGGCGCUUACAACGGACUUGUACGUUCCAACAUUUAGCUGCCGUGUCGUGAAGGAAAGCACCCUCAUGCAGAUCACCCACGCUGCCUACCAAAGCAUACUCUCCAUGAUGGAUGCUUGCGAACUGCAAAGUACUGCAAGCUCCAGAAGCUAG